CAUUCCGAUGGCGAACUAACGUUGUUCUGCUGUCACGACGGAGCGCCUGGGACGGGAUGCCCCCGAUCAGCGUUACUGGAGGGCGGGACUUUCACUCGGUGUGAUGCGAGAAGGCAGGCGGGACUAUCAGUUACAUCGGCUAAAAGGAGAGAGGGCCGGGGGAUUGACUUCUCAAUAAUAUAUUUAACCCCUCUCCGUUACACGUUUCGAUUUUUAAUUUCUCCAAUUGUAUAUUCAUUCUGCGUGUUGUUAUUCCUCUCGUCGUGUUCUCGUUAUUCUCUCUCCAAGGAGUACACAGCUCUUCGGGAAGUAAGAGAACGGAAAACACGCUGCGGUGGACCGGGAUAGCGCUGCAUCUCAUGACCUCCUCACAGCCUAGUAGUCGCUAGCUUGUUAGCACGCUAGUCACGCUAGCCUGUCUGGGUGAUCAGUCACACAAGUCUCCACAGUCAGAAGAUAAAGCCUCACAAGGUUCAGUCGAGAUGGUUCUGAACGUAUAGACUCAACGACGGGUGUUGGUGAAACGGUCACAUACUGUCAGAUAACAUAACCAUUAAAAGAUGAAGGACUCUCAGAUGUGACAUGUUGAUGUCAGCCAGCGGAUUCCAGUCCGGGUCUUAUCUCUCUCCCAGGUGCGUGUGGCUCCGGGUCUUUGCGAUGCCGGUGGAGAGCGGGAGCAGCGCGGCCUCCAGGCAGGCGAAGCAGAAGAGGAAGUCCCAUAGCCUGUCAAUCAGACGGACCAACAGCACGGAGCAGGACCGCGGCGGGCUGCAAAGGGACCUAAUGGAGAGCCAGGACUCCAAGCUGCCCGUGUCCUUGAGGAGUAACCUGCUGGACCUGUUCGGGCAGAUCGAGAGGGAGUUCGAGAACCUCCACAUCGAGAACCUGGAACUGCGGCGGGAGAUCGAGACUCUGAACGACCGCCUGGCCGCCGAAGGCCAGACCCUGGAGGGCGGAGAUCUGGCCAAAGGAGCCCUCAAAACCAAAGCGAGCCACAGCACCAGCCAGCUGUCCCAGAAGCUCCGGACCACCUACAAGGCCUCCACCAGCAAGAUCGUGUCCAGCUUCAAGACCACCACCUCCCGGGCGGUCUGCCAGCUGCUGAAGGAGUACGCCGGCCACCGCGACGGCAUCUGGGACCUCAGCGUCAGCCGCACCGGGCCACUGGUGCUGGGGACGGCCUCCGCAGACCACAGUGCCAUGCUGUGGAGCAUCGAGACGGGGAAAUGUCUCCUGAAGUACGUGGGCCACCAGGGAUCAGUGAACUCCAUCAAGUUCCACCCCACAGAGCAGAUGGCUCUCACAGCCUCUGGCGACCAGACGGCCCACAUCUGGAGGUACAUGGUGCAGCUGCCCACGCCGAUGCCCGCCACCGACCUCACCCAGCAGCAGCAGCCGCCACCCUACGAGGAGGACGGGGAGCUGUCGGACAGGGAGGAGCCUGACGGCGAGGGGGAGGGGCCAAGCGAGUGCCCGUGCGUGCGCGUGGCCGCCACCACGCUGCGCUCCCACCAGGGGGUGGUGAUCGCCGCCGACUGGCUGGUGGGCGGGAGGCAGGUGGUGACGGCGUCCUGGGACCGCGCCGCCAACCUCUACGACGUGGAGACCUCCGAGCUCGUCCACUCGCUGACCGGUCAUGACCAGGAGCUGACCCACUGCUGCACCCACCCGUCCCAGCGGCUGGUGGUGACGUCGUCCAGAGACACCACCUUCAGACUGUGGGACUUCAGAGACCCCGCAAUCCACUCCGUCAACGUCUUCCAGGGACACACUGACACGGUGACCUCGGCGGUGUUCACGGCGGGCGACAACGUGGUCUCCGGGAGCGACGACCGCACUGUCAAGGUGUGGGACCUGAAGAACAUGAGGUCGCCCAUAGCAACCAUCCGCACCGACUCGGCCGUCAACAGGAUCUCUGUGUCGGUGAACCAGAGGGUGAUCGCUCUCCCCCACGACAACCGCCAGGUCCGGCUCUUCGACAUGUCCGGCGUGCGACUGGCCAGACUCCCCCGUAGCAAUCGACAGGGUCACCGCCGCAUGGUGUGCUGCACCACCUGGGGGGAGGACUCCGCCUCCUGCAACCUCUUCAGCUGCGGCUUCGACCGGCAGGCCAUUGGCUGGAACAUCAACAUCCCCGCGCUGUUGCAGGAGAAAUAACACACACGUCCCCACAAACCUACAUACACACGCGUCCCACACAAACCUACACACACGUCCCCACAAACCUACACAUGCAAGUCCCCGCAAACCUAAACACACACGUCCCCACAAACUUACACACACACUUCCCCACAGCCCUACACACACCACAGCCGGGGUCUGAUCGACCAGACAUCUCAUAACCUUUGAGGCGAGAGCCAGGGACUCACCUCUCUCUGUCUCUCUCACCUCCUGCUCUCAUCUCCUGUCCUCUCUCCUCUCACUCACGUCCAUUCUGAACACCUCUGUCUGCUCCUGGUUGUGCAGAGUCUGGCAGUGUGAGUGUGUGUGUUAAACGUGUUUGUGUGCUAGCAGGGACGUCCCUAGGUGUGUGUAACACGUGAAGUCGCCGCUUGUUUCUGAUCCUUUAAACAUUGUGUGUACAGCGAUGUGAAGGUGGUGUGUUGCUCCUGUUCUAAGCCAAUGUCCCACAAUGCUUCACUUCAGCAGCGGUGGCUGUCGAUCAAUGGAUCACGAGGGCAGCGUGGGCCACUGGCUCUUGUUUUAACCCCAAAGUAAAAAAAGAAAGUUAGCACAAAAGGCUAAUGCUAAUGUAUGCUAGCCUGACACCGAGCUAACCACUCUGCUAGCUUAACCUGUGCCAAUGACAGUGGAGCGACGUUUAAAGAGGGUUGCCCUCCACAUCCUGUUAGCGGUCAAAACGUGAUGAUAGUGUGUUGUGUUGAUAACUUUAACGACGCCAGCAGUGAUCUCUGUUAUAGGCAUGUGCCAUGUUGUUGUAUGCUAAUAUACCUGGGUGGACGUUAACUCUGACGAUGUUUACAAAGACGGCCCAAACUCCUCGGUGGAACCUGUGUGUGUGUGUGUGUGUGUGUGUGUGUGUGUGUGUGUGUGUGUGUGUGUGUGUGUGUGUGUGUGUGUGUGUGUGUGUGUGUGUGUGUGUGUGUGUGUGUGUGUGUGUGUGUGUGUGUGUGUGUGUGUGUGUCAGAGCGAUAUGCCUUUUCUUUUUAGAGCUUGUUUUAAAAAGCACAACAGACCGACCAGCGCCUCCGUGGUCUGAGAGGGUGUACUGCGAUGUUCGGACCAGAGCUCCACCAGUCAGAGAACCUGUGGGCCUUUUCACCCAGCGGCCAUCUUGGUUCUAAACGCUAGCCGGGUGGAUUUAGAUCAAAGAUGGGCGAUGGGUGAAUAUGACCCAUGGAGGGUCGUUCUGUUGACCACUCCGUUGUCGUGGUUUUGUCUGUUCGACUGGAACACAGACCUGAGGACGCAGUCAAACUUAAAGACGGAUCCUUCUGUGCCCUUUAGUCGUUAGUCUCGUGCCAUUACGGGGACUCCACUAAGGGUCAGAGGUCACCUGAGAACAUGAGGUGAAGGUGCAGUUUUAUUCAUGCAAUAGUUGUGUGAGCUGUUAGCUAGUCCACUGCCAGUCAUACCCCAGGAAGCACGUUGGAAGACGUGUGAUAGAACUCUGUGAUGUGUUGUGCGUUUGCUGUGAAAUAAGGGGGGGCGGGGCCCAACGCCAAGCUGACGUCCGUCUGUCUGCCUGUAGGUCUGUGGGCUUGACCAACCAACGUCUCAAUUAAUGUCGCACAACGGCCUUCACACACCACAUUGUUGCCCAGGCAACUGUUGUCGUCGAUAGGCUGUCUCACCUUGCUGUACUGUGUGAAUGUUACCCCCCCCCCCCCCCCAUAUCAGUGAGUCUUCUGAAUCUAGCGUUUAGAUUUGUGACCCAUUUUGCUAAUUUGUGACGAAGUAAUCCUGGAAGAGAUUUUUUGCCUAGCAUUUUGUACAAAGAUUUGUCCAUUUUCUUUUGGCGUGGAUGACCAGUAUUUAUAUGAUUAUAUAUGUAUAGAAAAAUAUUAUUUUGCCAUGUUUACAUGCGUGCGUCAUGCCUUUCUGUUUGAUAGCGGUAGAGCUAACAGCUAACAAUAGCCACUCACACACCAAGAACGUUUCACUCCCUUUUAGCCCUGUGUCUCUUUAAAACAAAAAAGAUUAACAAUUGUAUGGUGAAAUAGGUAUGUUUGAGAUAAGUGAUGUUUCUCCCUCGUUGCAUUAAUUGGCUGACAUAGUAGUGGAUGGACUGGAGUCUAACCUCGGUUUGUCCAGUGGAAAUAUCCCUCCGUCAUGGCCGUGUAAUAGAUGCUUUUCUCCAUGCAAGUCACCAAGUCUUCUCCCUAUCCCUUUCUUUCUGGUGUUCGUAAAUUACUUCACCUCCCAAGCACUUAAGCCAUCCCUGGUCCGGGCAGAAUGAUUUCUCUGCUUCAUUCUUGGCAACGGGUAGAAGGAAAAGUCUGCUCCUUUAAUUGCAUCUUUUAUGUGUUUUAAGAACUUGUAUCAUUGUUCAGAUUGUUACUUUUUCCUGCAUGGUUUUUUAAUCAAUUCACUGGAUCAGCACCCCUUCUGGGGAUGCAUGGUUAUGGCAGCUGCUCUUUCUGAUUGGCUACUAGUGGUGCCAGGUGAUGUCAUUCGAGAUACAUUCCAUGGCCAAAUGCGGCGCCGGGUCCUGAAUCGAAUGUGUCAGAAACAGCGAUUCAUCGUUUCUUUGAUUUAGUUUAAAGUUCAGUCACUUUUAAGUUAAAGUGUUCAACCGCCCACAAAAUCAAAUCUUACGUCAGUGGCAAAAAUACAUCUCCUUCAGCCUCACAGAGUCUGUGUCAUCCUUGUAAAACUGGUGUGAAACUAACUUCUACGAUGUUGAAUGUGAUAGGAUUGUUCUUAACUUAACAAGGAACUACACAGCGUAAUGAAAUCGUUGAUCUGUUGUACUGAAAAACACGCGUCUGCUGCGCAAAUAAACAUGUUUUGCUGUUUCAUGCGUUUCGCUGAUUUCACGGUGCAUUCAUCAAUUCAAAACUUCAACAAACCAAAACGUACAGCUUACAGUUAUUCUUCUUUGAGUCGACACUGGUAUCGGCAGUUGAGGGACUCAAUCUUGUAUGUUCAUUUAUUGUGUGAAAAUAUAAAGGAACAUAAAUAGGUAAGAAAUAGGGUUUAUUGCCUUGAUAAUUGUAGUAAACAUUGUUUUUCUAGCCCUGUUUAUUACCUCUAUAAACCUACAUCAAAAUCAGUAUUUGCACAAAUUAACCUUAUCAAUUAAUAGCUGGCUUUUAAAUUCCUAAAACCUAAUAUACAGUAUUCAUUAUGGAUAAAAAAAAGAAGGGAAUAGUUAUUUGUAAAAUAUCACUACACUAAGUAAUUAUAUAAUUGUAAAAAACUAUAUUAUUUGAUUAGCAUAAUUAAGAAGAUUAAUAAUUGAUGCUAACGCGGCCGGCUGACUCCCGCCACCAGGCGGCGCCGUCACUUGCCCUCAUUGCCUAAUCACAGUCGACGAGCAUCAACCGCCAAAUUAUAAUUCAUAAAUACUUGAGUAAAUUAAAGAUGUUGGUUACACAUAUCUUAGCAUCAAUCAUAUGAGUAAAAUAACAACAAAGAAGACAUACGUACUCGUAGGUAAGUGGAAUGUUCUUAUGAAAAUACGAAUACAUCAAUCUGUUAUCUUAAAAUCCAAGUUGUGUAAACUUAGGAGUGUAACA